AUGGUCUAUUGUGGGAAGCCAAGCAAAGGGUGCGAAUCAUGCCGAUCAAGGAAGAUUCGAUGUGACCAAGCUAGGCCAAGCUGUUCGCAAUGUAUAAGAACCCAGCGUGCAUGUCCCGGCUACCGAGACGCAUUAUCUUUAAUGUUCCGAGAUGAAAGCCAGGAUGUUGUCCGAAAAGCAAAGAAGGCAAGCCCACCAGGUCGAAGCCCCAAGACAUCGAAGAAAACAUCUCGCGCUCCCUCCCCAGUUGGGAGUGCUCGCACGGUAUGCCCAAGUGGGGAUAGUUCGCUGUCAGAAGCAAACACGUCAGCGGGGAGUGUUAUAUUUUCCGACCCCAAGGACGACUCCCAACUACUGCAGCUAGCUCAGCAGCAUUAUCGGUGGCGGCAGCCAACAUCACCUUCAUUUGGAACUGAGCCAUCUUAUACCCCGACAGAUAAUGAUGCAGUUGGCUUCUUUUUCCGGCAUAAUAUAUGGCCAGGUUCAUUCUGGAUGGUGGAGAAUGGGUAUGAAAUACUCACCCAAACCCGAGGCUCUCCAAGUCAGCGAGCCAUGAAGUCAAGCAUUGUUGCGGUUGGAACCGCAUUGUUAUCGCGUACUAGAAAGUCGCCGUCAUUGGAGCUAGUCGCAGAGAAGGAGUAUGGCUCCGCAUUGGAGCAUAUGGCUGCAGCUGUAUCAAAUGAUGUGGAGGCCAAAAGCAAUCCAACACUCGCUUCGGUUCUUUUACUUGCCAUAUUCGAACUCAUUGUAAAUAGUUCUGUACGAAGUAUAGAAAACUGGACCAACCACAUUCGUGGCGCCGUUGGACUACUGGAGCUGCGUGGAGUAGAGCAGCUCCAGACUCCAACUGGGCUAAACCUUUUCGUUCAGUUAAGAUAUCAAAUAAUCAUUAGUUGCCUACAAAGAGACUCUCAUGUGCCUGAAAGCCUUGUUGAAUGCUCACGGGUAGCAAUGUUUCUCCGACCACAGACCCAAGCAUAUGGAGACCGUCUGAUAAAGAUCGUUAUCAGAAUAUCAAACCUUCGCGCUGAUAUCAAAUUGAAAAUCCUCACUGAUAAUUCAGAAAUACUCCCACUUGCUUAUGCGAUUGAAGCUGAUUUGGUAGCUUGGUUGGCUUGUUUGCCUCCCAUAUUCCAUUAUGAUUUACUUGACACUACAUUGUUAGAUUCCUGGAGUCAGUGCCGUGGAAUACAUCCUUAUGGCAACCAAUACCACAGCUACCGCGACUUCCGGGUAAGCAAUGUAUGGAAUCAGUACCGCUGCGCUCGCAUUCUAAACUGCGAAAUCAUUCUGAACUGCCUCGGAAAACUCUCUUCCAAGUCAGCUACGGGAUGGUCCACCGAGCUCAAAAGCCACAUGAGCAGCCUUCGCGUAACGGCCCGGCAAAUGGCCAUUGAUAUCUGCGCCACCAUUCCGUUCCACUUUGGUGCGGGCGCGCCAAACGACUCCGAGGAAUCAUUUGUCCCUGACAAUGAGAGCUAUAUUGGCGGUCUCGUCAUUCAAUGGCCGCUAUUCAUAGCCGCGGCGUCCGAAGCAAAGAAUCACCCGCUUCGCAAAUGGGUGAUAGGCUGUUUGAAGGCCAUAGGACACACCAUGGGUAUUAACCAGGCCUUCGCCGUGGUGGAUAUAGUCAGGACGGCAAAGGGGUUUUUCGAUAAAACCGACCAGGAAGACAGCCUGUUUAUCGAGGAUGUACUGAGAAGCGACGAACUGACGGAAAUUUUGGGUCAGCAGACCUCACCAUUGGAUUUUUGA